AUGGAACAGGUUUCAAAUUUAUUAAUAGUCCUUGGGAUUGUUCAAGUGGCUCGCAAAUUAGAUUUGGAGAACCCAGAUGUAUUAGUGUAUGUUCGACUUGGUUAUCUUUUUACUCAGACUAUCAUACUUGUAGCCUGUUUUUACCUUGCAACCAAGAUAAAGGCAAAGAAUGAUACCACCACCCUCAAAUAUGUUGAGCCACCAAAGCCAUUUACCAACGAACCAGAAAAGCCUAUAGAAACAAAUAAUAGAGAUUAUGAUCUUUCAAAAGUACAAGAAUUACUCAAACAAACCUUGAUUGGAGUUGCCUUUAUGUGUGUUUUGCAUUUUUAUUGGAACUUUACUCAACCUUUAUUUAUUCAAAGUCUCCUUCCAUUGAAGAAUUUGUAUAGUAAUCAAGUGGUUAAAAUUCAUUUGUUUGGCAAACCAGCUGAAGGUGAUUUGAAAAGACCAUUUAAAGUAAAUUCAUCUUUUGGUCAAUUUUUUCAACAACCACAAACCGAUAAGGCAUCUAUUAAAAAAGCCAUCAAAGCUUCAAGAUCUGGUGGUAAAAAGGAUGAUUAA